AUGGAAUCGCUUUUUACUGCCGUCCAAACCCUUAUUCGUGAGACGCUCAAGGCUCCACGUCCUAAACCAACUCACUCCGAUGGCAGGCAAUCACCGAACAAACAGCCACACUUAACCUCCAUCUCAGAAAUACACCUAACUCCCUUCGAAGAGCUUCCUCCUGCCUACGAGCCUUCAACAUGGUGGUUAGACGGCUACUGUCCUGCACAUCCCCACUUCGACAACGCUGAUAGAAUCCGACUCCGGACGAAGGAAGUUAAGCGUCCCCUACUUCAGUACAUUUUAGAAGGAUGUCGAGUCCUUCUGGAACGAGCGGACAAGAAGUCCCUUCAACUCUCCUUCGAUCAACACGAGACGCUGUGGAGGGCCGCCAUCUCCGUCCAUAAGUUUGGCGUUCUAUAUCUAGCCACUCGCUCAGAGUGUCGUGAAGAGUUCCUCCCAGCCGUGGAAUCCAACUUAGACCUCUUCAAUGAGAUGGUCACCUUCCUCUCCCACGAUAACAAUGCCAUCCGUGCCAUCAACUACGGUGUCCACCGCCUUGUCAACAGCAACACUUUCACAGUCGACUACCAGACCAAACUCGUCCCCCCAACCGCCAUAUCAUCGAUUGGCCCCAACCACAUUGCCGUUCGAGAAAAGGAUUUCGAAGGUGAUAGUACCGCCAUGCUGGACAAUUCGUCCGCAAUCUGGGACCUCCAUGACUUCGCCCACCUUACCGCUGCUUCUGUAUGCCCCGAGCUAUACGGCUCUAAAUACUUUACACACCUGAUCAAUCUCCCAUCCAAGUUGACGGCUCUGAUACGAAGCCCUAAAAUGAAGACGACGGAUCCUACGCCCCGCUUUUCAGAUGGGGUUGUCUUCAGCGAGCUUCUCACGGUUCUAUUCACAUCUGAAAUUGAGGCCGUACAAAGAGCGGAGAAAACACAUACCUAUGUCUCUCUGGUUGAUACUUUGGCUGAAGACGUGGCAGAUUACCUUAUGGGUAAACGUGAGCUUCAACAUCUGACGACAGGCGUUAUGCUAAAGGCAAAGAAGCCCAUUAGCGCUGUUCAACUGGCGACCUUGGUACAGAACAAGGCGUAUGAGCUGACCGCCAGCGAGAUAGAACAGCGAGUGAUGACGAGAGGAGGUCCUGCCGGGGAUUCCAGAGACGUACUCGAUGACCGCAGCCCGCUCGAGAGAAUCAGAUUCCUUGCUCACUGUCGAAGGUGGCUCUACUUCGAAGUGAGGAAUACAACCAAGCACCGAGCCCACAAAUUGGCUUACAGGAAGGUAGCCGAGCGUAUGCUUGCACAGGGUGAUGAUGGUUCUAUUACCAACAAUGAUCGUGUUCUGUUGGAACGGGUUGUAGACCAUAUUCGCUAUGAGGGUUGGGAGAGCAACGACGUUGUGAAUCUUUGGCAGGCGAUUAUCGAUAUGAAUAUGGAAUCUCAGGCCGCUACGUUGUAA